ACUAGAGGGAUUUUCUGUGCUUCCUUGGAAGUUCUGCAUAGUUUUAUAAAGUAAUGCAAUAGUUAAUCUCCCUCACAGGAAGUUAAGGUUACAAAUCCUGAAACAGACCACAGAAAUCCAACUGUUACCUUUAUAGUUGUUGAGGUGCUUCACAGCAGUCCAGAGAAACAUGGAAGAGAAUACGCCGCUGCUCAAGAGAAGAACUGCAUCAUCAGACUCACAGAUCAGUAAUGCCAGGCUGUAUCUUGCUGUGUUCUCUGCUGUUCUGGGAAACUUCAACUUUGGUUACUCCCUGGUCUACUCAUCCCCUGUCCUCCCAAGAUUUAAAGGUCCUGAUGCGGACCCUCAGCUCAGGAUGGACACCAACCAGGCUGCCUGGUUCGGGUCCAUCUACUCUCUGGGUGCAGCAGCUGGGGGCCUCGGGGCUAUGUUUCUCAAUGACCUGAUUGGAAGGAAGAUGAGCAUCAUGAUGUCGGCGGUGCCCUCCACUGCUGGGUACAUGCUGAUGGGAGGAGCUGUAAACCUGUGGAUGCUCCACACAGGCCGGUUCCUUACUGGUGUUGCAGGCGGGAUGACUGCUGCAUCAAUUCCUGUUUAUAUCUCCGAGAUUUCCCACAAAAAAGUGAGAGGGGCUCUGGGCUCCUGCCCCCAGAUCACAGCUGUGUUUGGGACCCUGACACUCUAUGCCCUUGGUCUGGUGGUCCCAUGGCGCUGGCUGGCGGUGGCAGGGUCCGUGCCAGCAGUGAUUAUGGUUGUUCUGCUGGCGUUCAUGCCCUCCUCCCCCAGGAGACUACUCUCCCUUGGCCAAGUGCAGAAAGCAGAAAAAGUUCUCCGCUGGCUGAGAGGCAGCAACUACAACACUAACAUAGAGAUCAGUGCCAUACAGCACAGCAUUAAUACACAGGUUAAAAUCACCUGGGCUCAACUGGCCUCGCCCAUCUAUUACAAGCCAAUCCUGAUCUCAGUUGUGAUGCGUUUCCUGCAACAAAUGACCGGAAUCACGCCAAUUCUUGUAUACCUGGAGCCCAUAUUUGCCAAGAGCAACGUCACACUGGAGGCCAGGUACGACGCCGCCAUUGUGGGUGCGGUCCGUCUCCUCUCUGUUGCUGUGGCAGCCAGUCUGAUGGACAAGGCAGGACGUAAAGCCCUGCUUUACACUUCAAGCAUGCUGAUGUUUCUGUCCUCUCUGACUCUAACCAUGAUCUCCCACACCACACCUUGUCCGGCUAUAAACAUUACAACUCCCGCCUAUAGCUCCCACACUGAGCUGGGGAGCAUGUUACAGGCCAGCCAGGGAACGGCUAUGAGCCUCCUCCCUCUCAUCAGCACUGUGGUGUUUAUAUUCGGAUACGCCAUGGGAUGGGGACCCAUCACUUGGUUGCUGAUGUCAGAGGUUCUGCCACUGGUGGCGAGGGGCGUGGCAUCAGGCCUAUGUGUCACCGUAAGCUGGGUGACGGCCUUCGCCCUGACACAAGCCUUCACCCACUUGGUGGACGCCUACGGCCUCUACGUGCCCUACCUGAUCUUCACUGUGGUGUGCGUCUUCGAGACUCGCAAACGCUCGCUGGAGGAAAUAGAGAACUACUUCAGGACAGGACGCACAUUCACCAUCAAGGAAAAUCAUCCUAGUGUUGUUUCCAGUUGAAAACAAGAAUUCUUACUCUAAAAGUUUUUUCCUUUUAUUUUCUAAUUUCCUUUUUUACUACAAAACUACAAACCUUAUGGCAUCCUGUUGGGAUUCCAUGUAAUAGACUAAACAAAGUGGUCCAUCAUAUUGAAACUGGAGGCAAUGCUCUUAGACUCUUCUAUUAACUCUUACUGUUUUAAGGCUCUAUAGAAUCCCCUUUCCUUGCCUUAACAUCUGCAUGGGUUUUGUAAUGUCUGCUAGCCUUCUCCAUCUUUGCACUUUAUUUUGUAAAAUAGCUCAAGUUUUCUAAGAUUGGAAGCCCGUUUCUGGAAACCGCAGCGUUGAAGUUCUAUAGUUUGUGUCAAACACAUUAUUUGUAUGACUUCUUUUUUAUUCUUCCAUUAAGGUCAGAUUUGUA